UGUUGUUUUGUGUUGCGUGGCGUGGCGUGGCGUGAGAAGAGAAAAUGGCGAUCCAUUCGUCGUGCAUCCGAACAAAGACUCUUUAAUCAAUGUUUCAUGCUCGUGCGCUCCGCCGCGCGUCGUUAGCGACCUUGCUUGUCGCCAUCCCGGCCCUCCGGAGUCGAAGAGUCUCCUCCAGAGUUUUGGAAGACACCUAAUAUAAGAUUGUGAUUGGAUUUGUUUCAUCGGUGUUGCUUGAUAAGAGAUGAGAAGAGGGGAGUAUGUUCAUCAUCUUGUUUGAGUAAUGGAAAAGAUUGUAGCAACAAAAGAAAUCAGCUUUGGAACUUUGUUUGCCGACUCCAGCCCAUGGGUUCGUUGCUUAGGAAGAAGGCCUCCAUUCUCUUGUCAGGCUUCGAGCUGUUUGCAAUUCAAGUAUAUGAAACUGUGCCUUAUGGCCUAAUGUGUGCUCUAGAUUAGUGUUGAAGAUAAGGAGUUUUGCUUAUUGAAUAGUUCAGAUUGAGUGAGGUUGAGGGUGAGGCAGUCCUUCAUCCUUCCUUUUGCCAAUGGAAGGAGUUGAUAAAAUUCUUCCUUCUCCCAAUGAGCUUUGCGUCAGCUUUGGUUAUCAAUGUGAUACUCACCAGAAUUCUUCUCAUGGAGCUGAACAUGUUUUUGAGCUGUCUUCUGACACUGAGAUGGAAGAAUCUGACAUAAAGAUGAGGAGCAGGUCAUUUUCUUGUUUAUCAGGCGCUGCACUCAGCGCAAAUGCCACCUUGGCGAAUACAAAUAUUUGCAAUGGUGUCCUUGGGGAGGAAAUCUUACCUGGUCUGGACUCUCCAAAAUCAUUUAGAAGGUUGGCAUCUUCGCCUUCUCUUUCAAAGUUGGAGCUCUUAUCAUCAUCUUCCCAAAGCAGUAUGUCUACAUUAGGUGGAAGUUUACCCACUGAAAGUGAUAUAUUUGAAGGAACUAGAAUAUGGACACCCAUGAGUGCACCUUCAAGAACUGAAUCGUCGAGCUUUCUCAAUACUAUGGAUGUACAGAUGGCUGGUGGCGCAGCUGGAGAAGAUCGAGUCCAAGCUGUCUGUUCUGGAUCUAAUGGGUGGUUAUUUUGUGGAAUAUAUGAUGGAUUCAAUGGGCGGGAUGCUGCUGACUUUUUGGCAGCUACACUUUAUGAAACUAUUGGAUUUUAUCUCCAUUUGCUUGAAUGUCAAAGUAAGCUACAGGGGCAUUCCUCUGUUCUUUCUCAUCAAAAUAGCAAGUAUGAAGUAUUGCCAAAUCAUGGUAGCGUAAUAAGUGGGCUAUCUCUAGCACUUGAUGAACAAAAUUCCAAUUCCUUGGAAGGAGAAUUGUUGUCUGAAGCUAUGCAUCACGGUGUACUGAACUGUCUUGUUCAAGCGCUUUCCCAAGCUGAGAUUGAUUUUAUGAAUAUGGUUGAGCGAGAAAUGGAAGACCGACCUGAUUUGGUUUCUGUUGGUUCUUGUGUGCUAGCAGCUGUUCUUCAUGGGAGCAAUUUGUAUGUCUUAAAUCUUGGUGAUAGUAGAGCAGUUUUAGCUACUGCUAAUGUUCAGGAAGGUGGAUCACUACAAGCCAUCCAGUUGACUGAGACUCAUACUGUGGACAAUGAAAUCGAAUACAAAAAGGUAUUGGCUGACCAUCCUGAUGAUCCUUUAGCAGUUAUUGGUGGAAGGGUGAAAGGAAAACUGAAAGUUACUCGUGCAUUUGGUGUUGGCUACCUCAAAAAGAGGGAACUAAAUGAUGCACUUAUGGGCAUCCUUCGAGUUCACAAUUUGUGCAGCCCACCUUAUAUCUACACUCACCCAUUCACAAUGAACCAUCUUGUUUCCGAGAAUGACUUAUUCGUUAUUUUGGGAAGUGAUGGAUUAUUUGAUUUCUUCAAAAAUGAUGAUGUUGUGGAGAUUGUUCAUCAGUAUAUCAAAGCUAAUCCAUUUGGUGAUCCUGCAAAGUAUCUAAUUGAGCAACUUAUAUGCAAGGCAGCAGAAAAUGCAGGAUUCAGCACUGAAGAAUUGAUGAGAGUACCAGCCGGGAGGAGGAGAAAGUAUCACGAUGAUGUUACGGUCAUUGUGAUAAUUCUUGGCAACAAGCACAGGACCUCCAAAGCAUCAACUUCAAUAUAAACCUGGCCAGCUAUAUGUAUUUUGGUUUGUAAGUCAGCAGAACUCAAAUAUAAAGGACUUGAUAUUCCAAGCUGUUCAUAGGCAUGUACGCAACGUAGUAAUAUAUAAAUGUAGUGAAUCACCUUCAAACUUCCAGUUUUUAAUAUUCAGAGAAUCUAUUGGAGAUUUAA